GUCUAGAUAGCCCUUAUUUUUUUGCACUACAAAGGGGAUCUUCCUCAAGUGACGCAUCAUUUCUCCCCUUUUCCACCCCUCACUCAAAAAAUUUUUUUUUUAUUUAUUAGACGUUUCAAUGAGUAAAAAAGUGUUAGCACCAACAAAGGCAUACUUGAAUGUGGUAAACAAGGAAUCAAUCACUUUAAAAGAAGCACGCAAGGAUCAAUUGUUAAUUUUGGAUUUGAAUGGCACACUUGUGUCUCGUAACCGCAAGAACAAGUCCAUGUAUGUUCGACCUUAUGCGCAAGAAUUUUUUGACUAUGUAUUUGAAAAUUUCACUGUCAUGCUAUGGUCCAGCGCACAGCCUCAUUCGGUCAAAUACAUGAGCCGUAUCUUCCGUCACCGUAGAGAUAAGUUGGUUGCCGUGUGGGACCGUACCAGUCUGGACCUGAGCACACGAGAUUUCAACCGAAAAAGCUUGACAAUCAAGGAUCUCAACAAGGUUUGGAAACAUUUUGAUGGAAAAUACGACGCUACCAAUACCAUUCUAUUGGACGAUUCACACCAAAAGACGGUUUUACAGCCUUAUAACGCCAUUCACCCUACAGAAUUCGAACAUCACUCAACCGCGUUUGUUUCAAGCGGAGAGUCUGAAUUAUUGCAUGUCAUGGAAUAUUUAAGAGCCAUCCAAUUCCAGUCGAAUAUCGCUUGGUACAUUAAACGUCAUCCUUAUCACAAUUUGCCCAAGAACAAUGAAAAAAAUAUCUAUAAACUGGAAUUCUACAGGUUUGCCGACAACUGGGAAAACCCGCCUCAAAUAGUGGAUUUCACUCCCGUCGAUAAUUUACUCAAUGAUUUUUCCAGCAUCCAAAUCAAAUAAUUUCAUCCGCAUGUUUUUUUUGAUUGGUGGAAGGGGGGCUAUUUUAAAUUUAGUCUGUACUUCUUGGACCUCCAACCCUCAACCCCCACACCACCACCUCCCCUUCCCCUCCCAAACAUCCCUCCUUAUCUUUUUUUAUUUUUAUUUUAGACUUUGCAGAUAACAGCAUUAAUUUAUAGAUGGAGCUUGAAAUAAAUCCUACUCAUUCACGAACAAAAAAAAAAAAAAAAAUUGGAUAGCAAUACUUUCAUGUGAAAAAUACCAGAUAAACAUACGUGAGGAUGGAUGGAUAUGAUUGGUUUAUGCUUUCCUAAUU